GGAGUUAAGUGGGAUCGCCCGUGGACCAUAGCUUUUAGAGAGAACGGACUUACGAUCAUCUCCGACAAGAAUAGUUACCUCUUUCUACUAAUAAUUAUCUUCACACAGCUAUCAAAACAAUAUUCUAUUCUAAUCUCUAUAUUGUAACUAUUGAUACCUACCUAAAGUAUUUUAUAAACUUCCAAGAUUGGGUAUACUCAUCAAACAACCAAUCAAAUCAACAUGAAUUCCCCAACUAUUUUUUUCUCUAAAAAUAAGACCAUUAAUUCUACGAAAAAUGUGUAAUGAGGUCAUGAAAGAAAUACAAUGUCCACCACGAUGUGGCUUAUCCGUCGCUUCGUCCUCUUGCUUCUUUUCGCAAAUGGUCCAAGUGUUUAAUGUGCGGAAACGAGGGUUUACGGGAUCUAUUUAUAUAUUGUAUAGCCCGUGUUUCGAUGGCGGAAGGAUUCCGUUGUCGUAAUUUGUGUUACACUAUUAAGUGCCGUCUAUAAGACUAUUCUGAUAGGCACUGGCGGUGUCUCACCCCCACACAAAGCCACGGCUUGGAGCCAGGUCAGAAGGCCAGUAACAACCUCAAUCUUUUACUAAUAAAUAUCUCUUCGCUCAGCGCGAUUUUUAUUAAAGAGAAAAAAUAAAUUAGUAUAUACUAAGCACAACUUAUGCGAUCCUAUACAAGGAUCGAAAAGGGGGCAUGUCUGCCUACCUUGCGAUUCCAUCGUUUUGGCUCUUUGAGUAUUUUGGCAGUAUAGUAGAUAACGGGGGACUCAUCACGAUGGACAACGCCGAACCGAAAUCCUACAUGCUCUCCGACGACGAGUCGCGUGCUAUUUUCGAACGCGAUAUAGUACCCGCUGAGCUCGGCCAUCUUUCAGCUACAGCCGAGCUCUCGGUUUCUGCGAAUGGCGAUGGGAGAACCCCGCUUGCGGUUCUGCUUGUUGGACAGACUGGCGCGGGGAAAACGCGCACUGCACCGGCGAUUAAGAGUGCGAUAGAACGACUCCGUGGACGCUCGCAUUUGGCCCAUUUUGUGGCGGAUACUUAUAAAACGUAUCAUCCGUCUUAUACUACGCUUCUGGCUACGCGACCGGGUCUUGCAUCGCAGGCUACUGGCCCCGACGCCCGACGAUGGCUCAACAUGGCUGCAUCUGUUGCAGCGGCGCGACGAGCCGAUGUACUACUUGAGUCUGCAGCACGGUAUCCGGAAGACUUUGCGCAAUUGGCAUGUUUAUUCCGGACGCAUGGGUACCGCGUUGAGGUCGCAGUUAUGGCAGUCCCAGCACCGUUGAGUCGGCUUGGAAUAUUGACGCGUUUUUAUGAAAAAUUGCCAGAAGUUGGACCGGGAGGGAGACUACCGUUACGACUUACGCCGCGCAAGGUGCAUGACGAGUCGUAUGCGGGAUUAUUAGAAGCUGCAGCGUUCGUAGACUCGGGGCAAAGUAAUGAGGGAGGCACGAAGGGAAGGGGAAUUGUGGAUCAGGUCGUGGUUGUGAGGAGGGACAAUGUAGUUGCGUACGCGAACGAACGCAUUCCUGAUGGUGCUUGGAAACGUGAGCUAGGCACCGAGGCAGCGAUACGUCAAGAGCGAGGGCGUCCUUUAACGGUUUACGAGAGAAUGGGUGCGGAGUUCAGUUUAGGAAAGCUCCGAGCUAUGAAUAUACCGGGCCUUGAGAGUCAGUUGAAGGAAAUUGAGGGGCUGCUGAAACCUCUCUUGGAUACGCCGAAUGAUUCGGAAUAUGCGCCGCUGAGGCCGUUGUCUCUGCCUAACUCGGUUUAUGACGAACAGUUUAAUUCUAAGGCGGGACUUAGGCUUGGAGUGUGAUGCUAUGAUUCAAGGACUGUUACACAUGGCGUAUGUCGGGGAAUGGUUGAGAGCCCAACCUUUGUCAAGGGACGGUAUAGGGCACACGGACAAAACACUUACGGAUUAUUGAUGCGUUGAGAUUGCAUGGUAUCAGAAGUAGAGCAUAUGACCCCGUUGAAGGGC